GCUCUGUACUUUUGUUCUUUGUCUACGAGAAAGCGUGAAUUUAGUUUUUCAGCGUUAUUUCAAUAAAUUGCCUAUUUACCAUGGCUGCAAUAAGUCUGUUAAAUCCUAAAGCCGAAUUUGCACGUGCAGCGCAAGCGUUGGCAGUGAAUAUUUCUGCAGCGAAAGGUAUUCAAGAUGUUAUGAGAACUAACCUCGGUCCAAAAGGCACCAUGAAAAUGUUGGUGUCUGGCGCCGGUGAUAUUAAGAUCACUAAGGAUGGAAACGUACUACUGCACGAGAUGCAAAUACAGCAUCCGACUGCGUCGUUGAUCGCGCGUGCAUCGACAGCGCAAGACGAUGCCACUGGCGAUGGUACCACGUCUACGGUGCUGCUCAUUGGGGAGCUAUUGAAGCAGGCUGACAUUUACAUUAGUGAAGGUUUGCAUCCUAGAAUUAUAACUGAAGGCUAUGACUUAGCUCGCACUAAGGCUGUUGAAGUUUUAGAAUCCAUGAAGAUACCUAUAGAGAUCAAGAGAGAAAAUCUACUUGAUAUAGCUAGGACUUCCUUAAAGACCAAAGUACAUGCGAAUCUGGCAAAUGUAUUGACAGAUGCAUGUGUAGAUGCCGUUCUGGCCAUUCGUACACCAGGCAAACCUGUAGACCUCCAUAUGGUAGAACUAAUGGAAAUGCAGCACAAGACUGCUACUGAGACCACACUUAUUAAAGGUUUGGUGAUGGAUCAUGGUGCACGUCACCCUGAUAUGCCUAAACGUGUUGAGAAUGCGUACAUACUGACAUGCAAUGUAUCGCUUGAAUAUGAAAAAACUGAAGUAAACUCUGGCUUCUUUUACAAAUCUGCUGAGGACAGGGAAAAAUUGGUGGCAGCAGAAAGAGAUUUCAUUGAUCAGAGGGUUAAAAAGAUUAUUGCUCUUAAGAAGAAACUAUGUGAUGGAACUGACAAAACCUUUGUUGUCAUUAAUCAAAAAGGUAUUGACCCACUCUCAUUAGACGCACUUGCUAAGGAAGGUAUUAUUGCUUUGCGCAGAGCAAAGAGACGUAACAUGGAACGCUUAGCUUUGGCGUGUGGCGGGACCGCCAUGAACUCUGUCGAUGACCUCACUGAGGAAUGCCUUGGAUAUGCUGGUCUCGUGUAUGAACAUAUUCUUGGAGAAGAGAAAUACACCUUUGUCGAGGAAUGUAAAAAUCCUCUCUCUGUCACCAUCCUAAUAAAGGGUCCCAACAAACACACUUUGACUCAAAUCAAAGAUGCAGUUCGUGACGGUUUGAGAGCUAUUAACAAUGCUAUUGAAGACAAUUGUGUGAUCCCUGGCGCUGGUGCGUUCGAAAUCAAGGCAAAUGUAGAGCUCUCGAAGUUCAAAGAUACUGUGAAAGGCAAAGCCCGUUUAGGAAUACAAGCUUAUGCUGAAGCAUUGCUUGUUAUACCAAAAACUUUAGCUGUGAAUUCGGGUUAUGAUGCCCAAGAUACUAUUGUUAAACUACAAGAAGAAUCGCGUUUGAGUCCGGAUCCUGUGGGCUUGGAUUUAAGUUCCGGUGAAGCUAUCAAACCUACAGAUUUGGGUAUUCUGGACAACUAUAUAGUGAAAAAACAAAUCCUCAACUCCUGUUCUGUAAUCGCUAGUAACCUCCUUCUAGUAGACGAAAUCAUGAGAGCGGGAAUGAGCAGCCUGAAGGGAUAACUUGAUUUUAAUUCUAUUUUAUUUUUGAUUUUUGUUACAUUGCUUUUGGUUUGUCUUGGAUUAUGUAUAAAAUUGAAUGCUAACGAAUUUGGUUUGAAUCUUAUUCGAGCCCUAGAAGCGGUGUAACAGGAUCAUCGUAUCGUAUAAAGCCAUAUAGGCCACAAGCUUUGUUUUAAUCUCUUAAUAUUAUACCACUUCAGCAUUCUGCAUUGUUCAAAGCAAUGCAUACUUUACUAUCGUCAUUACAUUACAUUGAUUUGAUUUGUAAUAUUAAAAUAUUAAUGCUUUUAUUAUAAUAACAAAUGCAUUAUUGUAAUAAAUUAACGUUAUUCUA